AUGGCCUCAAGGAUGAUCUCUGCCCUGCUAUCUGGCCUGUUGUUUUGGUUGAUGAUCGACUGGAAUCCAGCAUUUGCUUAUAGUCCACGGACCCCUGAUCGGGUCCCUGAAACAGACAUUCAGAGGCUGCUCCAUGGCGUUAUGGAGCAGCUGGGCAUUGCCAGGCCACGGGUGGAAUACCCAGCUCACCAGGCCAUGAAUCUUGUUGGGCCACAGAGUAUUGAAGUAAAUGUCAAUUUCAAGACGUUUCCUCCCACUGCAGGUGGAGCUCAUGAGGGUCUCCAGCACCUAGGUCCUUUUGGCAACAUCCCUAACAUAGUGGCAGAGUUGACUGGUGACAACAUUCCUAAGGACUUCAGCGAGGAUCAAGGCUACCCAGACCCUCCAAAUCCCUGUCCUCUUGGGAAGACUGCCAAUGAUGGAUGUCUAGAAAAUGCCCCUGACACUGCAGAAUUCAGUCGAGAAUUCCAGCUAAACCAGCACCUUUUUGAUCCAGAACAUGACUACCCAGGCUUGGGCAAGUGGAACAAGAAACUCCUUUAUGAGAAGAUGAAGGGAGGGCAGAGGCGGAAGCGAAGGAGUGUCAAUCCAUAUCUACAAGGAAAGAGGCUGGACAAUGUUGUGGCAAAGAAAUCUGUCCCUCACUUUUCAGAAGAGGAGAAGGAAUCAGAAUAAAGAGAAGACAAUAGGUGGAAACCCACGCAGUGCUUUUGUGCAUGUUACUAGAGCCCCCGUGAGUGGCAGCAUGCGUCGAACAUAGAUAAUUAUGGAUGGAAAGCAGCAGUCCUUGCAUUUGCCUCCACACCAAUGGUUGUGCUUUCUGCUAAAUUAGAAUAAAAGCUCCUUUUCUUUUGAGGGUUUUUUAAAUGUGGAUCUGCAAGAAGCAUUACAAUUAAAAUGUAUAUGUCAAGUAUAAUAAAAACACGGAUAUGAAAUACUCAAA